AGGGCAUGACAUUAUUAGUUAUCCUUUGUGACAUCACAGAAGUCUGAGACACUUCAGUUGACACAGUGGCAGUAUUUCACUGAUAUGUUUUCCCCACACCAACCAGGUAGGUUUUUAGGGAAUUCUCAAUAUGGACCCAUGUUGGUAGAUAAUCAAUUCUCUCCAUAAUUGAUCACCAUUCUGCGCACUUCCUGCUUUCAUUAUCUCAGGCUAAAAUGAAUUUAUAUUUUCAGGGAUACAUCCCUCCACCCCCUCCCCAGGAAUGGCGUUGCCCAGCUUGCAGCACUAUGUGGACAGGUUGAUGUUUGAGGGCCAGUGUGCAGACUGUGCGUUGGUGAACGUCAGUACCCGCAGAGUGAUGGCGGCCACUCCAGGGGGAUCACUGGAACAUCUGACCCGGCGGGAGAUUAGGAGGAUACUGUCUUAGGAAGAGAGAGGCCAUCCAGACCCAGGGAGUGAGCCUGGGGGGUCUGCGCUGUGCCCUGGUGAGGGACAACAUGGUCACCCCAGGGGAGAGGUCAAUGGACCUGCGCACCAAGCACAGGCCCAGCCGGGGUGUGGCCGUGCGCCGGACACGCCAUCUCCUCCUGGUGCUCCUCGGCAACAGGGGGAUCAGGAGCGGAUUCCUCAACCACAAGGCCUAUCAGAUGGCUGCAUGCCUUCGCAACGCAGGAUCAUCACAACUUGCUUGAAUUUACAGCUUACCUGUAUGUACUGCUUACCUGAACUCCUGCUUGGGAGGACAUUCCUGUGUCAUGGACAGUAUGUGAUUUUUGACAGAGUAAACUGAGUUGAAACUGUCUAAAACAUUCUAUACUGUGUCCUGUAGUUAGUGACAUAUUUGUGCUUCUUUAAUUGUGUAGUGACCUAGAAUGCAGUGACCUAGUAUGCUUGUCAAGUACACACGAGUCUGUAUGGCCAGGUCCCACAUUGUCAUUACAGUAUUACAUGGUCAGCCACAGACCAGGAUAAACAGGCAAUGUGACAAUAACUGACAAAAAGGCAGUUAAAAAGGUUAAGUGUCAGACACUCAGUUUAACAAGUAAUAGGUAAAGUAUGCCUGCUGCUUGGAAUACUAGACACCAAUAGCAGAGUAAAUACGUACCUUGUCAAGAAUCUUGGAGAAAUGGUCACAUAUUGCAUUUAUAACUUGCAUAAUAGCAUAAACAGAGUCUAAGGUCAAUAAUAUACUUUCAGAACAGAAUGUAUUAGAGACGUGAACAAUUAAGUAAGAAAUGUGACUCAUGCAUGCAGUGCCUGAAAUUAACAUCAGGUAGAAGAAAUAAAAAAGGACAUAUGCUCAAAAUAUGACUUCAGCCCAUAGCGUUUGACAAGGUGUUUGUCUACAUUGGAGUGCGCUUACAAGUAACCAGCUAGCUCAGGUUGACACUGUACUGGUUAUUGAACUUAAUUGCUUUGAACUAUUCUCCCCACAUUGUCUGAUACUACUGCGCUGUUGGAACUAGGAGCAUUUUGCUACACCCACAAUAAUAUCUGCUAAAUAUGUGUAUGUGACCAAUAAAAUUUGAUUUGAUAAAUUCACACACUUCUAUUGGAAAGUUCAGUUAUGAAAAACCUGUUUGGGUACUCACAUGACCAUGGGUGUAGUUGGCUAUAGCUGACUGGAGGGAUUAACUGAUUCCAGUAACUAAGCGCUAUAGUAAAGUGGAUUAUUAACAACCCUAUUCUGCUCAAGAAGCAGGACUGCACUGCAGUUACCACCAUAACUUCUCUACACUAACAAUCAGAGCACAGAAUGACCAUGGCUGGCCUGCCUUAAUUUCCUGACGUCAGAGGGGGAGUUUACAAGGGGGCCCACAGAGCACCCCUGCCUAACUGGGAUGGAGCAACAGAGAGGCCGCCUCCUCACCAGCCUCUUCCUUUCCCACAGUCAACAGGAAGACUGAGCCGAAUCAGAGUGGAAACCAGACAGAGAGGACCCAAACACUCAGGAGAAGGAGGACGUCUCAAAAGCUUCCAAUCCAGCACAAAAAAACGAGAAGUCUGAAAGAAGGAAUGAACAUAAGGAGUAAGAAUCACAGAGAGGUGGAGAAACUCCAGUUAACGUCUCCACACAACGUCGAGGUGGAGAAGUCAGACAAGAAAAGUUCCAAAUACAGGGAGGGGUAGCUUCCAAUGCAAACUACAAAGGAAAAGCAGAGGUUGUCUAGUAUGGCUGGGCAAGUAUCCAAGAGCUCAGCACAGCGACUCAGCCGAGACCUGACCUGUUCUAUCUGCCUGGACCUCUUCAAGCAGCCUGUCUCCCUGCCCUGUGACCACACCUUCUGCCAGGCAUGUAUCGCUGGCUACUGGACGGGCCCCAGAGGCCAGGUCCAGGGGGGGUCCGGAUCCUGUCCCCAGUGCAGGAAGACCUUCCCUGGCCAGAGCUACCGGCCCAACCGCAUAGUUGGUAACAUAGUGGAGAGCUACUGCCAGGGCCUGGAGGAAAGAGAGGGGCUGCUGGGGGACACGGGGGUACCAGAGAGGAGCCUUGCUCCUGCUCCUGCCCCGUGCUGUGGCCGGCACCGAGAGGAGCUGAAGCUCUACUGUGAGGAGGACCAAGAGCUGUUGUGUCUGGUGUGUGGACUCUCUCAGGAGCACCGGAACCACAACAUGGUGUGUGUCCAAGAGGCACAGCAGAGAUACAGGGCGUCUCUCAGCAGUUCCAUGGACUCUCUGAAAGGGGAGCUGAACACGGCCCUGCAGUGUGAGAGAGAAACUGAGGACGAGGUCAAGAAGCUCAAGGAGCACACGGCAGACCUGAAGCAGCGCAUCGAGGCCCAGUUUAGCGACCUGCACCAGUUCCUAUACCAGGAAGAGAAGCUGCUGCAGGUGAAGCUGAAGACAGAGGAGCGCAGGGAGCUGAUCAGGCUGGACGAACACAAGGCCCUGCUCUGUGUGGAGGUCUGCCGUCUGCAGAGGGCCCUGAAUGAGAUCGAGGACAAGCUGAGGGAACAGGACCCCUUUACAUUGCUGCGGAAUAUCAAGACCCUGGUCCAGAGGCCGACGCCCAAGUUUGAAAAGCCUACUCUGACGGCCCCGAGCCUGUGUGAGGGUCGGUUCGCAGGGCCCCUGCAGUACCGAGUGUGGAAAUCACUGAAAGGAAGCAUCUACCCAGUUCCGGCCGCCAUCACCUUGAAUUCGAGCACAGCCAACCCCUGGCUUAGCCUGACCUCCUCCCUCACCUGUGUCCGCUACCAGACCUUCAACCACUCUGUCCAGGACAACCCCAACCGCUUCAAUGCUGCAUUGUCCCUGUUGGGCAGUCAGGGCUUCACCCACGGCCGCCACUACUGGGAGAUAGAGGUCUACAGCAGCACUGUGUGGACCGUGGGUGUGGCUAGAGAAACUGUAUCGAGGAAGGGAGUAAUCAAAGCCUUGCCGGCCAAUGGCUUUUGGACCCUGUCCCUGUCCUAUGGAAUACAGUACAUGGCCUGUACAUCGCCCCCUACUGUGCUUUCACUGGAGGAGCCUCUGGCUAGGAUAGGUGUAUAUCUGGAUUAUAAGAGGGGUCUGGUGUCUUUCUACAAUGCAGAGAGCAUGACACAUCUCUAUACGUUCCGUGAAACCUUCACAGAGACGUUGUACCCCUACUUCAAUCUGGGAUUCCUAGAUAAAGUGCAUGAGAAUGAGCCCCUCAAAGUUUUCCUUCCUAAAAUCUGACAGCCGCGGCACUCGCAAAGCCUGAGGCCAUCCUUACACUGGUGUGGUGCUAAAACACCCUAAAACAACUGACACAAAAUACUACCGUCAUAUUGUUUGAGAUGUUCUAGGCCAACUGUAAAUAAUAUAUUUUUUAAAUGGAAUCUUGAUGUGGGCCAGAGCUUCACCAUCAAGGUUUGUUAAAUGUAUGUAUGCGCAAUAACCUUUUGCAGUAUUACAGUGUAAAUUGUACGUGACUGGCGUUAACAGAAUGAUGAAUACAACAUUUCCUUAUCGUGUACAAUGUACGGCAGUUUAAUAUUUUGAGACAAAAAUGCGGCAACUAUUUUAAUAUGUAAUCUUUAAUGCAUAAUAAUAAUCUUUUAAUGAAUUUUGGAUAUCAUCAGUAUUACAAACGUUCACCUCACGAUACUGUACCAUUCAAAAUAAAUAAUAAUUGUUUUGUGUC